AUGAAGGAGACGCGGGGCGACGGCGGGGGCGCCCCCUUCUGCACCCGCCUCAACCACUCGUAUCCCGGCAUGUGGGCGCCCGAGGCACGGGGCAACCUCACACGCCCCCCAGGGCCCGGCGAGGACUGUGGCUCGGUGUCCGUGGCCUUCCCGAUCACCAUGCUGAUCACCGGCUUCGUGGGCAACGCGCUGGCCAUGCUGCUCGUGUCGCGUAGCUACCGGCGUCGGGAGAGCAAGCGCAAGAAGUCGUUCCUGUUGUGCAUCGGCUGGCUGGCGCUCACUGACCUGGUCGGGCAGCUGCUCACAAGCCCCGUGGUCAUCUUGGUGUACCUAUCCAAGCAGCGCUGGGAGCAGCUUGACCCAUCGGGGCGCCUGUGCACCUUCUUUGGUCUGACCAUGACUGUUUUCGGGCUGUCCUCGCUCUUCAUCGCCAGCGCCAUGGCUGUCGAGAGGGCUCUGGCCAUCCGUGCGCCACACUGGUACGCGAGCCACAUGAAGACGCGUGCCACUCGCGCCGUCCUGCUGGGCGUGUGGCUGGCAGUGCUCGCCUUCGCCCUGCUACCUGUGCUGGGUGUGGGCCAGUACACCAUCCAGUGGCCCGGGACGUGGUGCUUCAUCAGCACCGGACGAGGGGACAACGGGACGAGCUCUUCACACAACUGGGGCAACCUUUUCUUCGCCUCCACCUUUGCCUUCCUGGGCCUCUUGGCGCUGGCCAUCACCUUCGCCUGCAACCUGGCCACCAUUAAGGCUCUGGUGUCCCGCUGCCGAGCAAAGGCGGCAGCAUCGCAGUCCAGUGCCCAGUGGGGCCGGAUCACGACCGAGACGGCCAUCCAGCUCAUGGGGAUCAUGUGCGUGCUGUCGGUCUGCUGGUCGCCCCUACUGAUAAUGAUGUUGAAAAUGAUCUUCAAUCAGACAUCAGUUGAGCACUGCAAGACAGACACAGGAAAGCAGAAAGAAUGCAACUUCUUCUUAAUAGCUGUUCGCCUGGCUUCACUGAACCAGAUAUUGGAUCCCUGGGUUUAUCUGCUGCUAAGAAAGAUUCUUCUUCGGAAGUUUUGCCAGGUAGCAAAUGCUGUCUCCAGCUGCUCUAAUGAUGGACAGAAAGGGCAGCCUAUCUCAUUAUCUAAUGAAAUAAUACAGACAGGAGCAUGAAAGAGAACACUUAAUCAACGUGCAUGCUCACAACUUUUGGCAGCAAAUAUCCCUAAAUCUUGUGAAUGCAGGCAUCUCUGGUAUGCCACUGUUUAUGCAUUGGGGUGGAAUUUUUGGUAUAAUGCUAAAUGGUUUCAGAAACAUAGAUAAUCCCUUGGUGCCAAACGUCCUGAAAUACAAACAAAGGAAAAUGUAUUAAUAACAGUCUCAUUUUUUUUUUUGGGAUCUCUGCCAUCUAUAGCUGAAUAUGUGGUUAUUUAUGUGAUGAAACCAUUUUUAUACAUGAUUUUGAUGUGUGGGAGGGCAGAGAUAGUUAAUAUUCAAGUAUUCUCUGUACUUGGGAGAUUUAACCCUACAAAUCAUCUAGGACAAGGGGAUGGCACUUUGUUUUUAUUCCAUAACAUUGGUCUUCUGUGUUCUCUUUCAUUGUCUCACGUUUCCUCUGUUACUUUUUUCUUCUUACAUUUAAAAAAAAAUAAUUAGGGUGAAAAUGUGUAUAACAUAUCCACAAUAUUCAUUGAUAGUGGUGUUAUUUAAAUAGUGCUGAAGAUACCAAGUUGGUUCCAAACCUUCCAAAGUUUAAGAUUUGGUUGACUUGGAAAUUAGGUUUGCUCCUUAUCUGAAUAAGAACCAAUUCCAUUUGUUUCAAAUAUAGUGGGGUUUGUGACUACUCAAAUUGCUAAAUGUUCUUUCAUCUGAAUACAUUUUGCAUUCCUCUAGCCUGGAAGAGAUUCAUGAAACUGUUCUGUGACAGUCAGCGAAGUGAUUUUUUUUUUCACUAUGCUAUUUAAGGACUGAUUUGGGCACUAAAUAUAGAUACUCUGAUUAACUGUUUCCCUUGAUUUUCCCACCAACAGCA